AAGAGAGAGAUCUGAGGUGGGGGAGAGAGAGAGAACACUGAGUCAGGAACCGAGUUGGGUCUUGUCUUCUACAUUAGUUGUGAGAGAGUGAACAUUGGAUUGGAACCCGAGAUCCUGGACCGUUGGAUCCCUCCCUAUCUGACACCAACCGUGGGAUUAAGCCCACAACCAUCAUCAUUUGAUUCAUUUCUCUCUCCCUCUCCCUCUCUCACCUUUCUGACUAAUUCAACAGUUGAAUUGGGAGAGAGCCCACAAGAGGUUGAGGGAAGGUGAAAGAACUCAGCUUUGAGUUUUCACUCCAAAAACCCAAUCCAAAGGUUCUUCCUUUAUUUGGCUCAGAUUUGGAGCUUUGGGGAUGCUUUGGUGGAGCUGAAGAUCAGGAGAUCAAAAGUGGUUAAAGCUUUGGCAAUGGUGAGGAACUUCAGUGUGAUUUGAAUUUGAAUUGAAUUAUUGAGAAGGGUUGUGUGUUUGAAUAUCUCUGGGUUUUGAGAGUUAUUGGGUUGAACUGCAGUGAUUCAGAACGUUAGUUUAUGAGUACAACUGGUUUAGAUUUGAGUUCCAAAGCUUUAGUUCACCGAAAAUGAGACGAACAUUAGCUUAGGAACUGAAAGGAUAGUUAAGCAAUACAUAAGCAAUGGAAGAUGUUUCCAAAUAUUCUCAUAGUCCAGCUCAUUUGGCGGUCGCUCGCCGUGACUAUGUUGCCCUUAAGCGCAUUAUCUCUACCCUUCCCCGGCUUGCUAAGGCUAGUGAAGUAAGCUCUGAAGCUGAAUCUCUUGAGGCUGAGCUCCGAGCUGAUUCUGUGUCAGCUGUCAUUGAUCGUCGUGAUGUUCCUGGUCGUGAGACCCCCCUGCAUCUUGCAGUGCGUCUCCGGGAUCCAAUCUCAGCGGAGAUUUUGAUGGCUGCUGGUGCUGAUUGGAGUCUUCAAAAUGAGAAUGGUUGGAGUGCUCUCCAAGAAGCAGUGUGCACUAGAGAGGAAGCAAUUGCUAUGAUAAUUGCACGCCACUACCAACCGCUUGCCUGGGCCAAAUGGUGCCGUAGACUUCCUCGUAUUGUUGCCUCUGCAGGCCGUAUACGUGAUUUUUACAUGGAGAUAACUUUUCACUUUGAGAGCUCAGUGAUCCCAUUUAUUGGUCGAAUAGCCCCAUCAGAUACUUACCGCAUUUGGAAGCGUGGCUCUAAUCUACGUGCUGAUAUGACUCUUGCUGGUUUUGAUGGGUUUCGGAUUCAAAGGUCUGAUCAGACAUUUCUUUUUCUUGGAGAGGGCUAUUCUUCAGAGGAUGGUAAUGUGAACUUAGCCCCUGGUUCUUUGAUUGUUCUAGCACAUAAGGAGAAAGAAAUCACAAAUGCUUUGGAAGGAGCCGGUGCCCAACCAACCGAAGCCGAAGUUGCCCAUGAAGUGGCCUUGAUGUCGCAAACAAAUAUGUAUAGGCCAGGUAUUGAUGUUACUCAGGCUGAGCUUGUUCCCCACUUAAAUUGGAGGCGACAAGAGAGGACUGAGAUGGUUGGAAAUUGGAAAGCCAAAGUUUUUGAUAUGCUUCAUGUGAUGGUGAGUGUUAAGUCUAGGCGGGUUCCUGGGGCUAUGACAGACGAGGAGCUAUUUGCAGUGGAUGAUGAAGAAAGGGUGGCAAAUGGUGGUGACAAUGAUGAAUAUGAUGAUGUAUUAACCGCUGAGGAGAAGAUUCAGUUGGAUUCUGCACUUCGUAUGGGAAAUUCCGAUGUUGUUUGUGAGGACGAGGAUAGUGGGGUAACUGAGAGCCAUGAAAGUGGCUCAGGCCACUUUGAGAAUGGUGAAUCCAAUGGUGUUGGUAAGGACAAGAAGAGUUGGUUCGGUUGGAAGAAAGGUGCUAAGGGAAAUGAUGAUUCUGAAGAUCCGAAGCUUUUGAAGAAGUUUUCAAAGUUGGCCCCAGAAGGUGGCAACCAGAAACAGCUUGAUCAUCAAAAACCAUCAUCUGAAGUUUCUAAAGAUGAUAUGACAGAUGCCAAGAAGGGGAAAGACAAAAGCAGUAAGAAGAAAAAGAAGAAAGGGUCUACUGAACCUAAGCAUGAGAGUGAGUACAAAAAGGGUUUGAGACCUGUCUUAUGGUUGACACCGGAUUUCCCUUUGAAAACAGAUGAGCUUCUUCCCUUACUAGACAUCUUAGCAAACAAGGUCAAGGCUAUAAGGAGACUAAGGGAGCUUUUGACUACUAAACUGCCCCAUGGCACUUUUCCUGUCAAGGUUGCCAUCCCUAUUGUUCCAACAAUACGAGUUCUCGUGACCUUUACAAAAUUUGAAGAGCUUCAGCCUGUGGAGGAGUUUUCAACCCCUCUCUCUAGUCCAGCCCAUUUUCAGGAUGCAAAGUCGAAGGAAUCCGAGGGUUCCUCAUCAUGGAUUUCAUGGAUGAGAGGGACCCGUGGUGGACAAUCAAGUGAUGGUGAUAGUCAUAGAUAUAAGGAUGAAGUUGACCCUUUCCUCAUACCUCCUGACUAUACCUGGGUUGAUGUCACUGAGAAGAAACGCCGCAUGAAAGCCAAGAAAGCCAGGAGCAAGAAGCACAGGAAACAUGCAACUGCAAAGAGCAGUGAUGCGACACAUCAGGCAAAUGAGGAUGUUGAAGAAUAGUUUCCACAUUUAAAUCAAUCUUGCUCUGCCUCUGCUAAUGGACUCACUCGGUAGGACAAAAAAUGUGGUAAGCACCCGUUCUUUUGCAGUCCUGACAUUUAUUCUUCCCUUUGAAUACAAUUUAGGCCAUCAAUUGUUGCUUUAGAAGAAGGGUAUCUUCUUCAGUUGCUGUAUUGUUAUGUGAUGUGAAAAUGGAAAGAAACCCACUUUUUUCCAUUCCAAUAGCCUCUGCCUUUCCUAUUAAUCUUUCAGUAAUCUCUGUAUCUAAGGUUUCCCUUUGUCAAAUUCUUUCUGUU